AUGGAUAUACUUAAAAAAUUUAGAAUUGAUUAUCUACAAAAAAAAGCCAAGAAGAAUACAGCAAACGAUAGCGACGAUGAAUUGAAUAUAGAAGACCGAAAAAGAAAUCUCGAAUGGACUUUAAUUUUAGACGGUUAUGUUGGGUACUCGAAUGACUAUUGUGUAUUCGCUUAUGAGCGUCAUCAUUAUACUAGUCGAUCUAAUAUUGGUAAUACAAAUCGAUUCUUUAUGAGUGCCAAUGCUUAUUGCACGUUCGAUUUUUGUACAUGCCGAUGUUAUGCUAAUAUAAGCGAAAAUGGUCGAAUAAAAAUUGAUUACUCUGGUGAAAUUAAGCACAAAAAAGGAGAUACACGCGGCCGACCAAUACGUGGUUCUCGUCGUAAAGAAUUACAGCAAUUUACUAUGCUUGGUGCCACACCAGGUGCACUUUAUCUUCAACAACUUAAAUCAAUGUCAGUAGCUAAUAAAGAAGCAGGAAACAGAAAUGUUGUAGGAUCUAGUCGUUCAGUAAUACGUAAAAUAGCAAGUGAAGCUAAUGUACGAUUACGUCGAGACGACGAUUUAGAUAAAAGUCUUCGUGAAUUAAAAGAUGAACAAACAAAGAAAAUUUUUCCUGGUGAAGUUAUAUCUGGAUAUUUACAAGAAAUAAGUACUGAUCCAUUACGAUUAAUUUGUUUUACCGCUGGAGGUAUUGCUGCAUAUCAUCAAUUUGCAUCCAGUAUACCUUUAUCAUGGGAUGCAACAGGUGGCAUCAUAAUUAAUCGUAAAAAACGUAUUUUUUAUUAUGAAUUAACAAUGACAAGUCUUAUCAAAGGUGGCUCAUCACUUCCAGUUACAGUAAUGCUUAGUGCAUCACAUGGUACUAUGGAUAUUGUGCAUUGGAUGAAUUGUUUUAUAGAAAAAUAUAAACAAGUCUACGGUUUUUCUAAUCCUUUUCCGAAACCACCAGUUAUUCAUUGUGAUCGUUCUCCUGUUUUUUUGCUUGCCGGUAUUCAAGUCUUCAAUGGUGAUGAAACUAUGGAUCGUUAUAUUGAACGAUGCUGGCGAAUUAUUCAACGAGCAGCUACCAAACGUGACUUAGAAAUAACAGUUGUACAUGCAUGUCUUGGUCAUUUUAUGAAAAACGUCAAACGGAAUUCAUCGAAAGUCUUAGGCAAGAAACAGGUCUCACUUGGUAUGUGGUUUAUGGCAUUACUUGUUAACUGUAAUACAUUGGAUGAAAUGAUAAUUAUUUGGCGAAAUAUCUGUAUUGUUCUUCUAAGUACUAAUCAAAACGAUCAAUUUAAAAUAUCAUUAUCAACACUAUCCAAAAUGGCUGAUCAGAUGAAUGGUGAUCCAGACAAGACAAAUUUUAUCCUUCAAGGCGUAUCAGUGACUUCGAAAGGACAAAUUUCUAGUAAUAUGAAUGUAGAUGUAAGUAAUCAUAUGUCGAAUAAGAUAUGCAAUCUUUUUUGUUUAAAAUCAAAAUAUAAAUGGUUGACAUUUUGUUAUAUUUUGUAAAAUUUUUGUAUGACAAUCAUUACGUACAGCAGUGGUAUAGACUAACUACAAAAGAAAAAAUUCAAAUAGUGAUUUUCUAUAAUUAAAUAGCAAGACUCUAAUUCUUCGAGAAAUUAUUCAGAUAUUAAUUUAAUUUUUGUUUAUCGUCUAUUCUGUGAUGCUAGAAAAUCAAAAUAGAUAAUAGGACAUUGUAAUGAAGUAUUGAACAUU